AUGCCGACAACACCAAAUAAGAAUUCACUGUCGCGACGAGCCCUACGUGCUACCCUGCGUUCGAACUCGAGCUCUACCUCGUUAGCUUCUCAGUCGACUGAUCUGACUAAGAUGGUCUCUGCGGAUUAUUCUUCUGCGUCUAGCUCAUCACAGUCACACUCAGGGUAUAAUACUACCACUGAGUCCGAUAGUGACGGCCGGGAGGAUGAGGGACCAGAUGAUCUGGACGAGGAAUGGGACUUCCAUCCGAAGGCUGGUGAAUCAGUAUGGGUUAAGAUGACAGUGUCUGAUCGAGAAGUCUGGUAUCAAGGACAAGUGCGAGGCAAACCACGUCCUGGCACUGUACGAGGUGGCAGACAGGGCGAUUUCUACUCUGUCCGAUACGGAACCAAGACGAGUAAACUCGGUUAUUUUGCGCCGCUGCUCGGAGAUAUCAAGCCAGACACCCGGCAGGUCCGGAGAUUGCUUGAAGAAGAGGGCCGGGACGUUGAGUUAUGA